GUUUAUAUUAUAAAACAACUGGCAACUCUGCUCAGUAUAAUUUGUCAUACAGCUAACUCGUAGAAAGUUUGAAUAUCUUAUUUGGCAGUUUUCAUUUAUUUACGUUCAAGAGGCAGAAAAAAGUCAAAAUUGGGUUAAUUUUGUCAAGAAGAUAGAAAAAUAUCGUAAUUUCCGAAUAUCAUUAAACAGCUGUCAACUUUGUUUAAAGUAAACUGUCAUUUGUCAUACAACCAUUUUAUGGGCUAUUUAAAUUUUUUACAUGACAGUUUAAAUUUAUUUACGUUCAAGAAGCACAAAAUUUUUUUAAAGUGAUCAAAUUAUUGUUAUUCUGGUUAAAAAAUGGAGGAAGAAAAUAAAAAGUAUCAAUUAGACAAACGAACUCCUUGUAAGUACGGUGCAAAAUGCUAUCAAAAGAAUCCUGCACACUUAAAGAAAUAUAAACAUCCCAUAAAGAGAAAGAUGGUGAAUUCUUCGGAUAGAUCUACGAAGAAGUUUAAAACUGAAGAUAAAGUAGCGGCAAUUAAAGAUGAAUCAGAAUCCGAGGAUAUUUCAAUUCAAGACGAUUCCGACAGUUCAAUAAAUUCCGACACAAAUAUAAAAGUUAAUAAUGAUGUAUCCGAUUCUGUCAGUGAAAGUUCGUGUAGUAAUUUAAGCAGUUUUGAUGGAAAUAAUUCAUUUAAAGAUAUAUUAGACAAGUUAGAUAAUGCCAGUAGUACGGAUACAAUAAAAAGCGACAUUUCCCAAAAGAAUGAAGAAUCUAAUCGAGAACAAUGGUCGAUUUUCAUCAAGGAGAAGUUUUUAGUUUCCAUGCCUGAUGAUUUUUACCAAUUUUGGGAUCUUUGUGAAAAACUCAAGCCAUCAAAUCCUUUGGAAGCUUUUAAAGAAGUUGGACUUUAUUUAGUAGGACCGUAUGAUGUACUUGCAGGGAAGUUUUUGAAUGUAAAAAAGACAGAAAACGAAUAUCUAAUUCAUUGGAGGUAUUAUAGGGAUCCACCUGAACUUCAAACUGUCCUAAGAACUGACGAUAUUUCUGGUUAUCAUAUUGGAUAUUUUAGAGACGAUCCAGAUAAAUUACCGGUACUUUUAGUAUCUAAUUCUCCCAAAAAGAACGGUAUCUUAACACCUAUGGGGGGAAAUAUAUUUUCGGCAGUUAAUAUAUUUUUAGAGGACCUCAAGAAGACUGGUAAUCCUUUUAGGAAAAUGUCGAUAGGAAAACUACAAUCAAAGUUAAUUGAAGAAGCAGGAAAACUUGGUAUCGAUAUGGCGAGUAAAACCAAAGAAAUGAUCGCUAGAGAAAAGAAAAUAGUUACAAGAACCUUCAAUAAAAUCGGUCUUUGUGUACCUUAUGAUAAAAAGACUCAAAUAGGAUACAGGGAAUUGGCUUUAAGUAACAAAGAUUUAGAAGUGAAUCUGACUAAACUGCAAAACUCUAAAACCCAAGAAGAUAAACAGAAAUGUCUCUCGGAACUCCAACCAGUUUUUACUUAUACAAGUAUUGCAACGGAUGAAUGCGAUUUUGGUACAGGAAUAGAACUCGGUUGGAACAUUAUUAGCCACGGUAUUGAUAGUUUGAAUCCUACUGUAGAGCGGUUUUUGGCAACUAAUUACAGGUUAUUGAAUAUGGAAGCUUUUGCUAAAAUUGCAGAAGCUCAUAUGAAGAAUAGAAAGCGGGGCUUGGAUUUAAGUGUAUUAUGAAACGAAUUUUUAUACUGAAUUUUCGAUUUCUUACUAUAAAAAGUAGUUUUCAACAACCAGGAUUUUUACAUGAAAUAUGUGGUAACGCUGCAUUGUUAAUAGGAAUAAUUAUAACCUCUUAGUUUUACGAAGGAGAGGGUGUACUAUGAACUUGUAGCAUAGAAAAGGUUGCUAAAUCUAAUAAAAUUUACGAUAAUUAUAUACUAUUGCAGUUUCAUCGUUUUAUGGAUUUAGAAAUUAGAAAAAUUGUCCGAUUUUAAAGAAUUUUGUUUUUAGAAAAAAAAAAUAUGCAAACAUGAUUUUUGAUAUAUAAAUAUUCUGAUAACUUUUUGUAAAAGUAAUCAAAUAAACUUUUUUUGUACAUUUUCUCUUAAUCUACAAAAAAUUAAUAAAUUAAAGUAAAAAAAGAAGAAUCGUAUUAUGAACACUAACCUUAAAAAUAGAAGUUGAUUGAAUGCUCUGUAGUUUUAUUUUAUUUUAUUUGAAAAAGAAGAAUUAAUAAAAUGGUUUGAAAACUAACCUUUAAAAAUAGAAGAUCUAUGCCUUGUAGUUUUAAAUACAUAUUUGAAAAAGAAUCGAGAAUAUAUUAUGAGAACUAAUCUUGAAAAUAGGAUUUUAAUUUAUAAUGACUUUUGUUUAUUAGGAUCA